AUGAAACAGCCCCUGAUCCUGUCCUUUCUCCUGCUGGGGAUGGUUUCUGCUUUUAAUCUGGAGACUGCUCAUCUGGAGAAUCCCAAGAGAGAGGAAAACCUGAAGCAGGAAGCAGAUGGUUCGAGGGAGCAAGGGAGAGAGUUGGUUCUGACUCAAGAGACAAAGCAUACAGAGGGAGAGGAGGUUGAGGGUUCCGAACAUCAAGACAUCUUUGAGGAUGAGGAGGCAAUGGAGUCAGAUCCAGAUGCCUUAAAUAAGGACUCUGCUUGCCCCAAGGAAGAGGACACAGCUCAUUUUCAGGGAACUCCUGGGUGCAAGAGCUGCCACUAUGUGCUGGUGAGGACUCCUGAGACAUUUUAUAAGGCUCAGAGAGUCUGCAGGAGAUGCUACCGAGGCAACCUUGCUUCCAUCCACAGUUAUAGUUUCAACUACCAAAUUCAGAGCUUGGCCAGGAAGAUCAACCAGUCCAUCGUUUGGAUUGGAGGCAUCCUCAGGGGAUGGUUCUUCUGGAAGAAGUUUUGCUGGACGGAUGGGAGCUGCUGGGAUUUUGGAUACUGGGCCCCAGGGCAGCCUGGGAGUGGCGGAGGACACUGUGUGACUCUGUGUACCAAAGGGGGCCAUUGGCGAAGAGCUUCAUGCCAAAGUCACCUGCCUUUCAUUUGCUCCUUCUAA